AUGGAGAAAUCACAAAAAGCUGCUCCAGCUCUCCAGGCAGGCACCUUUGUUAUUCAGUCAACAUCCGCACACACUCACACAAUCAUCCUUCUUCACGGCCUUGGAAGUAAUGGCCAAAAAUUUGGAUCUGAACUCAUCGAAUCUGGGGUCUCGUCCGCUGGAAUGAAACUCACUGAAAUAUAUCCUGGCGCAAAAUUCGUUUUCCCAACCGCCAAAAAGCGUCGAUCCAGUGCAUUCCACCGAGCAAGAUUAAACCAGUGGUUUAACAUAGCAUCCCUAGAUGACCCUGCUUAUCGUCGAGAGGUGCAGUUGCAAGGGUUGGCCGAAUCUGCAUUAGAAAUCCGAGAAAUUUUAGCUCAAGAGCUGGUGACUAUACCGAGCAGGAAUAUCAUCCUCGGGGGCUUCAGUCAAGGAUGUGCGAUGUCGCUUUCUAUUCUGUUAACGCUGGAGUUUCCGCUCGGGGGAUUCGUGGGUAUGAGCGGAUGGCUUCCAUUUCGUGAUGACAUCGAUGACAUGAUAAAUUCAGACAGAACACCGGAUGAUGAGGGAAAUGAAGAUACCUUUUCUUUUGGUGGUAACGAGGAAUAUGAUGUUCUUGAGCCAUCUGUUGCAACAAUAAACUAUGUUCGAGAUCUCUUGUCGAUGGAUGCGCUGAAUAUCUCAACAUCGAAAAAUAGCCAAACAUCGUUAACAACUCCCGUCUCUCUUGCUCAUGGUGAAGACGAUGAGAAGGUUAAGGUUAGGUUAGGACAGGAAGCGGCCCAGACGCUCUCAUCGCUUGGUAUUCAAACUACUUGGAAAUGCUAUCCAGGCUAG